AUGUCGAUGUUUGUAAAAAAUGCUGCUGCUAGUUACCUGGGUGAAUUUAAUGGAGGGAGAAAUCCAUUCACUGAAGAAUACGAGGUUCAGGAAAAAUCCAGACUUCAUGGAACAGUUCGUGCAGUGAUUAAAAGUAGAGAUAAGCCCAUUCCAGAAUAUAUUCCCUCUGAAAUUCAACACAUGAUUAAAUCUGUUAGAAAAAAAGCUUAUCGAAGAGAAUUAAUGUUUCGAGUUUCUGGAAUUAAAUUUGGAUGGCUGAAUGUUCUACAGUUGCUCCCUGUAGUUGGUGGACUUAUUGGGCUCUAUUUCCAAUAUAGUUUAAUCCUAGAAAUUCAAGAGGUUAUUGGUAAGAUUCCAGCAGAUCUAAAGGCCAAAUUUUCCUUUAAUAUUAUUGUUGAUUUUUUGUUAAACUUAAUACCCAUUAUUGGUGAUUUCUUAAGUGCCCUAUACAAGCCAAAUUGUAGAAAUGUAAUGGCUUUGGAAGCUCAUUUGGAUAAUCAAUAUAGGCCAGGUAAAUCAGAAGGUUUCUUUUCUUCUUUAACCCAUCAUAGCAAAAAAACUGAAGAUUACCCGCCAUCAUCAGUUGAUACUAAAGUUGAUAUUCUAUCUGGAGCUAAUACUAUAAAUAGUUCAGCAUUUAAGCCUUCAGAACCACCAGUAUAUUCUCCUACAGAUCCAGCUAGUAGUGACAGUACAAGAAUUCCAACUAGCGGUUUAUCUGCUCGUGCGGCUGGGUCGCCUGCACAUAUUAACACUAAUACAAGAAAACCAACUUCUAGUAAGUGA